AUGCUGCCGUCGCUUCUACGCUCCUUACCGCGGUUUGGACGGACGUGGAAGCCCCUCAACUUCUCCAACCCAAACUUCACCCGGGUCCCAGUGGGCCAGAAAAUUGAAGAAGAGACCUUGCCAGAUUAUAUCGCUUCCCGGUAUUAUCCUGCUCGAAUAGGAGAAAUCUUCCAGGGCCGGUAUCAGAUUGUGGGAAAACUAGGAUUCGGAGCUAGCUCCACAGUGUGGCUUGCGCGGGACAUGAACCACUGUGGGUAUGUUACCAUCAAGAUCUUUAUUAAAUCUGCCUCUAUGGGGCAGCAAUUGGAUGAUGAGCUCCGGAUGUAUAAGCGCAUCGAGAGAGGCUCGAAAAAUCAUCCUGGUCGCAGCGCUGUUCGGUCGUUACUAGACUCCUUUGAUGUUGAUGGGCCCGAGGACAAACAUCGGUGUCUCGUUCAUCCUCCAUUAUGGGAAAGCGUGCUCACAUUUCUGCACCGCAACCCGGUACAGAGGCUACCUUCACCAGUUCUGGCGUUUGUGUUGAAGCGCUUAUUUUUGGCACUGGACUACCUUCAUACGGAGUGCCACAUUAUCCACACUGACAUCAAAGCCGACAAUAUCAUGUUCGGCAUUGCCGAUGACUCAGUCUUCCGAGACUUUACGGAAGAUGAGCUCCAGAACCCUUGCCCCAGGAAAGAGCUGGAUGGAAGGACCAUCUAUGUGUCCCGGGAGCUUAGGAUGCCCCGAGAAUGGGGCGCGCCGGUUCUAUGUGACUUUGGCUCGGCCAUACCCGGUGGUAUAGAGCACUUAGAAGAUAUUCAACCUAAUAUCUAUCGCGCGCCGGAGGUGAUACUGGAGGUCCCAUGGACGUAUAGUGUUGAUAUAUGGAAUGUGGGAUGUAUGAUUUGGAACAUCUUUGAGGGCGGAUCUUUGUUCACCGGCUGUGACCCAGAAUUUCAGGCAUAUCGGAGUCGGGCUCACCUUGCUGAGAUUAUAAGGCUUCUUGGACCUCCCCCACCCAGUCUUCUAGCCCGAGCCAAGCUCCGACAUAAAUUCUUUUCUGAUGACAAUGACUUUGGCGCCAAAUUUCUGCUAGAAGAUCGGAUUCUGCUUGAACAGAGGGAAACGAAUCUUGAAGGACAGGACAAGGCCCAAUUCUUACGCCUAAUACAAAAGAUGUUACAGUGGGAGCCAGAGAAGCGUAGCUCUGCUAAGGAGCUGCAAGAGGACGAGUGGAUCUGUAAGAAACUCGAGAGUACGCAUUAA